UAUUUGAGUGUUUGGGUGCCUAUAAAUACCUGUGUUCAUUGCUCAUAUAUUUAUAUACUCAUUGUCAUGGAGAAAGUUACAGAGAGAAUGGAACUGAGGCUCCAUGAAGCAGCAAUACAAGGCGAUGUCACAUUAUUACAAGAAAUACUCAGAGAAGAUCCAUUAGUUCUUGAUAGAGUGAACUCUGGUUGGUUUGGUAGGAGUCCUCUACAUGUGGCUGCAUUACGCGGGCAUACAAACUUCGUCAAAGAAGUUCUGCGUCUAAAUCCAGAUCUUGCUGAAAUUCUAGACUCUUCACACGGCUUGCCCCUUCACCUUGCUGCUGCAAAGGGGCAUGUCGAGGUUGUACAAGCUUUGAUAUCUGUAGAUCUUGACAUGUGCCUAACUCGUGACAAAAAUGGUAAAAAUCCACUCCAUCUUGCAGUGAUGAAGGGCAAGGUCGAUGUGUUGAAAGUAUUAGUUCAAGCCAACCCCUAUGCAGCUGAAGCUGUGAUGGAUAGGGGUGAGACCAUCUUACAUUUAUGUAUGUUGCGUGACCAGUUAGAAUCUCUGAAAAUACUUAUGAAUACCACUAAAAAUAAAGAGUUUGUCAAUGCUAAAGAUGGAGGAGGCAACACUAUAUUACAUCUAGCUGUGGCGAAUAAACAAGUCGAGUCCUUAAACUACUUGCUUACCAACGCAACACUAGACGUAAACAUAAAAAAUGCUAGGGAGUACACAGCAUUGGAUAUUCUAGCACAAAUUAGAAAAGAUGUGAAAAAUUCAAAUGAUAUUGAAAAAAAACUCAAAGAAGCCGGAGCCAUGCGUGGUAAGGAUGUCGGGCAGUCUGAGUGGCUGACAAAGAAAAAGGAAACAAUAAUGUUGGUUGCAACGCUCAUUGCAACAAUAGCUUUCCAAGCUGGGAUGAACCCUCCAGGUGGCUUUUGGCAAGACACUUCAGACAAACCUUCAAACAAACAUAGAGCUGGAGAUGCUAUAAUGGAUUAUAACUAUCCACAUUUAUACCUAUAUUUCAUUCGUGCUAGCACGAUAGGAUUUGUUGCAUCUCUAAGCACAAUCUUGUUGCUUAUAACUGGAUUGCCAUUCAAGAAAAGGAUUUUCAUGUGGAUUCUAGUUGCAAUCAUAUGGUUAACCAUUACAUCAAUGGCAGUAACAUUUGCAAUUUCUAUUGUUGUCAUCACACCAAGAGUUGACAGAGAACCAAUCAGUCAUACUAUUGGAGUUGCAGUCAUCGUGUGGUGUAGUCUAAUGGGAAUUCUAUUCUUAGUGCACACGGCGCGCUUAUUGAAGGAAGCAAUUGACGAGAAAUGGAGUAGACAUCUGGUCACAAAGAGAAUUAAGAAAAUCAACUCGCUCAAGUCACACCAGCCUAUCUGAAAAAUUAUUUAAAUUUAGUUUAACCAAGUCAUGCUAAAGUUUUAUCCUCAUAUUAAUUGUUUUUAUCUUUAUGUUUAAUGUGUGAAAUCAUGUUAUGUUCUGUUUAAAUACUAAAUUUAGCUUGAAAAAUAAAAAUAAAAAUAAAAAUA